UUGUUAAAGUAGUAUACCUUGUAAGGGAGAACAAGAAGUGCAUGACAAGCUGCAGCGAUGGUUCAAUAGAGUGCCAUACUCUUGAUGGGACCCUAAAUUUCGUUAAGUUUGAGACUAAAUUUCUCAAUCAAUGGAUUCAGUUUCUUCACUCUCAACGCCUCUUUUUUGCUGGAGAGAGUUCAGAUGUGCAACCAACCGGAUUUCACAAAAAUAUGACUAUUAAGGCCACAAGUGGUGGAGCAUAUAAAUAUGCUGAUGUUUUCAGAGAUAGACUCGACAUUACUUUUGAUAUAGUGGAUGAAAUAGCUAGCACUGUUGCUGGUGCUAAUUUCUUACUACAGGAAAUUGACCAAGAAGCUUUCACACACAUUAGUGGAAAGAAGACAUAUGUAAACAUUGAUCACUGUGAUUUAUUUCCUUACCUACUUGUGAAUAUAGGUUCUGGUGUUAGUAUUAUCAAGGUCACUGGAAAUAAAAAAUUCGAACGUGUAACUGGUACUCAAUUCGGUGGUGGCACCAUUUUUGGUUUUGCAAGUUUACUAACAAAUUGCCAGAGUUAUGAUGAGUUGUUAGAAAUCAGUCAGCACGGAGAUAAUCGAGCACUGGAUUUAACAGUUGGAGAUAUUUAUGGGGAUACAGGUUAUCCUGAGCAUAAUCUUUCAGCUUCUGCCAUUGCUUCUUGCUUUGGAAAGGUCAAUGGUAACAAAAAGCUCUCAGGAUAUAAAGCUGAGGAUAUGGCCGCAAGUCUUUUGAGAAAUUUCACGUACCUUAUUGCACAGAUAUCCUACCUUGUAGCUGCUCCCUUAGGGAUUAAGAGAAUCUGCUUUGGAGGUUCUUACAUUCGAGGACAUGCCUCUACAAUGGAUAAUAUUUCUUACGGACUGAACUUCUGGUCUAAAGGUCAAGUAGCAGCUGUGUUUUUGCAACAUGAAGGUUUCUUAGGAGCUGUUGGUGCACUCCUGAACUACAAGAAGAUCGAUCUUAACAUAUUAUUGCCAAAGCUCACUGCAUAUGAUUCUUCUAGACUUUCAGACGUUGGUGAAGAAUUUCAUGGGAAAUUAGAGGAGAGAGUGGAAGAUCAUCUCAAUAGAGAGGACGAGAUACUAAAAACUGAACUCGAUAGAUUACAAAAUGACAAUGCAACACUUGUUAAAAAGUUAAAGAAUUUAGAAAGUAAACUAUGCAAACUAUGCGGUAGCUGUAGUAAACUAUGCAGUAGCUGUGAGACAAGCAACAUAAGCCAAUGAUGGUGAAAUUCCUAGAUGAACAAUAUGGAAUGGUGUUCCACAUAGAUGGCUGAAAGCUGAAAACCAUCAAAGAAGAAAGAUUCAACCAUGGCUUAAAAUUAUAACCGAGCUCCAGUGUCUACAGUUGAACCUUACAUAUAUUGAUUACUACACUAUGGUCAUUUGGUAAUAUAGUAUUACUUAUUGAUUAAAAGUGUUAAGUGUGUAACUUCUUUUUUACACUACAGCAUGAGAUUAUUAUUCUUAUUAUUAUUACUCACGUUUCCUCUGGUUAAAUGAAGCUCACAUGAAUUUGUAA